UCGAUUAAGGGUGAUAUAAACGUAGUCAAUGAUAAAUGAUCCUUGCAACAGUUUGAAUUUUAACGUGUUUUAACAUCAUGUCAUUUUGAUAAGUUUAUCAAAAACGUUUUGUGUUUUUACGAGCCAAUUAUGAUGGAAAAAUUAAUACAGCUGAAAGCAAAGCAUGUAAAAAUAGAUACGUUAGUACUUCAAAAUUUAUUGCAGGCAGAAAGUAUAGAUAAAAUUAAUAGAAGUCAAAACCAACGAUUUAAUGAAGAUGAAUUUAAGAUUGAAGAAUUAACAUCAAAAGUGGCUGUUAUAGAAGAAAAGCAGCAUACAGAAACUCAGAAUUUAGAGCAUAAAAAUAAUGAAUUAUCAAAACAUAAUGUUCAUUUAGCAAAAAUAGAAGUAGAAAGAAAAAAGUUUUUACAAGAGAUUAAACAGUUGGAAGAAAAACGAAACAAUUUGAGAUCUUUUAAACCAAACUUAUCAGAUCAGCAAUUGCUGGAACUAGGAAAAAAAAAAUUGAAAUUGUACAAAAAUUUAACAAAAAUUCAAUGGGAUUAUGAAGCUACGAAACAUAGUGUAACAGGCUAUGUUUCAAAUAAAUGUGAUUAUAUUCAUUACUUUUGUCAUGAAAAUCAAGAGACUAAUGACAAAUUAGUAGAUUCUCUAUGGCAUGAAAUAUAUUUAUCUACUAACAAAGGUAGAGACAAAAAUUUUUAAACACUGUAACUUUGUAAUAUAAUUGAAAUCUCCCAUAUAUAUUUCACUUUAAACAGAGCAUUCUUUUUGUUUCAAGUUUAUUAUAUCUUAAUUUAACUUUGCUCAAUACUAAUAAUCAUGUAAUAUGGAUUAAUCAUAAAACUAUUGAAGAUUAAUGCAUUUAUGUUUUUUUAUCACAUUUUUGUAAUAAUUGAUAAUUCAUGUGGUUUUCUUUGUUUAUUUUAAUAAAUAGGAUUAUUCUUGCAAA